ACCAGCCUUUUGCCAGCUAUGCUUGAGCGGGCUUUGCUUGUCCUUUACACGCCUUUGUGCUGUAUGUACUUCAUAACAAAUAUGAUACUUUCUCAGGAAACAGCUGCACCUCAAAUUUAAACAACAUUUGUCAAGAUAUUUAUUUUCUUUUAAAACAUCACCGUUAAGGACAGAGCCUAGAGCCAGGUCUGGGGCAGAGACACCUUCGAUUAAACGCCGCAACAAAAUAACAACAAUUAACACCUCGGCUUCCAAACAAGUGAAUGCUUUUUAUGGUUCCGUGUGCACAACCAACAGAAAUACGUUUUUCCCUAAGCUCUCUCGUGCGACUAGCACAAAAGAAAUGGCGGCCGAGACUCAUAUGCAUGAAUUCAUGAAGUGAACGUUUCAGGUUACCCGGAUACUAGGCUCCAAGCGUCACUUGGUCGUUGCUUGCCAUUCGGCUUAGAGUGAACCAAUCUAGCAUGGAGCCUCUGGUACCCAGGGUAACGAAGGCCAGGCUAUGAUGAUUUACGUCUGUGAUCUUUUGUCUAGACUUAUCUGACAGUCUGAGUACUGACGGAACUUAUAUUCGAACAUUGAAACCAUUACACAUCCAAAGAAAUGCCACCAACGAGAAGAUACUACUUUUGCGUGACUAAUGUUAAACACCUAGCGGCGCUGAACAUAUGUGACGUGACAAAUGCCUAACCGUUUGCGUGACUGGUAUCGCUUGACUUGUGUGACAUGCUAAAAUUAGUUAACAUGAAUUAGCCAAUAUGUCACGUAACACGUGUUAUAUUCUGGGUGACUGGUAUCGCUUGACUUGCGUGACAUACUCAAAUUGGUCAGCAUGUCACCUAACACGUGUUUUAUGGUUUGUGUGACUGGUAACGCUAGACUUGCGUGACGCAACGUUAGUAACACCGCUCCAAUUGUCUAAUACGUUCUAAUACGUGUCUCCUAAACUUGUCUUACAGUUGCAGGGCUUGUGACCACACUGCGUGCACUUCUGGCACACACGUUACCCUGGUAACUGGGCUGCAAAACAGUCCCUUGGAAUUUGUUGCCCCUAGAUGAAAAAGUGAUGAUAGCAGUACAUGCUUUAGCUCCUUGCAAUUUCGUCUGUGCCCACGGCAGCUAUUUAAAAGCGAUAGAUGGCGGGAGUAAUUUCUCAUGUGCUAUCUCGGUCGGUUUUCUUUCAUGUUACGAGUACUUUACACUAGAAAGGCUUACAUGCAAAGUGUCAGUCGCCUGUUCCAAUCUGAUCUACAUAAAGCCUUAUUGCUUGGACUGUACGCAGUCGAUCUAGAUAGGCACCUUUGAGUGGGUUGACUUGUUUUAUUUGAAUUUAAAGGGGGCAAGUCGCCCUGACGGAUUCCACACAAUUUUGCAUUAGUCUGCCCCUAGGCACGCGCAAUGAUAUCGCGCUGAAAUGAAAUAUAACCGGAACAGUAUGGAAGAUAUUGGACCGCUUAAACGGCUAUAUUGCAUCGCUAGCUUUAGAUUAACGUAGACCUCUAUGGACUGCGGAUCGAAGAAGGAACUGCUGUACAUAGGGAUGGGGUGGUUAAUGCAGAGGUCGCUUGCUUCCAAGCGCAGUCUUUUUGGGUUAUGUCACAACUGCUUUAAUCGACGAAGUUGUGUGUACGAGCUGAAUUCGAGAAAAUGGAGAGACGACUCACAGCAAAGCAUCGAGACAGAGAUGGUCAGCUUAUCGGUAGGCGAGGACGAGAACGGAUCACGUGAUCAACCAAGUAACGCACCUCACUUGGAGCCGAUCGGCAGAAAAUCACACCGACGCAUUUCGAUGGAUAGCAUUUCCAACUUUAGUCUCCAUCGACGCACAAGGGCGAGCUCGCAACUCACCACCAUACAAGACAAAGAACUUGAUUUCUGGGUGAGGCAUUUUCCGACCCGCAAUGAUGUGCCGUGGGAGGAAUUUCGUGCCGCUUUUAUUGACGAUUACGGAACUUUGAUAUUGGAGUUUGCACCCUGUAGGCUAAACUGGAUCAUGAGUAUUCUACAAAUGAACAUAUUUGAAGGCAGGGAUAACAUUUACAAAAUGCACUAUGACAAGUAUUGUGGGAAGAAUGAUAAGAACCCUGAUAAGCUGUGGUUAAAAGUUAAGAAAUAUGCAUCGGAGCGAAUCUUCAGGGAAGGUGUCGUAGAGUCUAUGUUUGAAUGAACAUGUGGACUGUUGGAUACUAGGAGGCAAGUGGGAGAAUUAUUCGUAGUGCUCAAAAAGGACUAUGUUGAAAGAGGUGGAAGGUGGCGUCCUGUUUCAAGAAAGAGGGCGAUGAAUAUGCUUAAAAUUGAAAGACUGUCAAAUUGCGUGGAAAACAGUAUAUCAUUAUCUGAAUGGACUGGCGUGUAAAAAAACAGCCAUGGUGGACUGGCAAUUAACAUAUAGAUGAAGAAAGAUCUCAUGAUUCUACCAUUACCGUUGAAUAAAUGUCAAGACAAAAGAAAGGAAGACGGAGACGGAAGCUGAGCAGGCAGGAAAGACACGGGGGAAGUUAUCUAGUUUGAAGUAUUUGAUGCGAUAUGGUGACUUUGGACAUGAACACGUUAACUAGGCGCGUUGCCAGAACUACAUGGAGGGUGCGCGCAAAGUUUGAAAUGUGACCUUAUAGUCUAAAAUAACUAUUGAUACGUCAUUAAAUUCAAUGAGAAUAUAGGAAGCUUGUGCUUCUGGAAAAAAACCCAGAAGAAACUGCUAGAAGAAACAUGGGUAAACGUGCGUCUUCAAAAAGGAUUUAUCUUGUAUUUCUAGAGGGAUCUUUACUCCGAACAAAUCGUGAAAACUCACUAGUGAGCGGUUGAGAGCAUUACAGGUGCGUAGGCAGGGGGGUGGCCAAUGGGGCACGCCCCCCCCUUCUAGCAGCCCAAAAUACAGUAAAUGUAUGGGACAUUAUCUAAAACACAGGAGACAAUGCCUUUUGGGCCCCCUCCUGUUAAAAAACUUGGCUACGCCGUAGCAUUACUACUGUAAUUUUGCCCGCGGAAAUCUUUUGCAUAUUAUACCCACUGGUGCGUUUAUCGCAUAAUGAUUUACCUAUCGACAGUGCCAAGAACCAAUGAGUGAUCGCAUUUACGGAGAUGAAUGUCUUUCUGACUUUAUCCCGCGAGAUAUCUCAGCUUAACUCAAGUAGCUGAGAGAUUUCUAGUCCUGAACAGAAGAGGUAAAGAAUUACAGAUCUCACUAGACGUAGUUUACUAUGCAUCACAAGUGACUCAGAUAAGAUAAUUUACCCAUGUGCAGAUAGCCAAAAAACAGCGCCAAGGGAUGUGCAUCAAAAGGAUGUCCAAGUUAGCGCCGAGGGAAAAGAUACUUUCUUGUAGGCUCCAAAACAGUUUGAACCCUAGGCAAGUUGAAUAGCACGUUUUAUAUGGAAAGUUAAUCAAAUUUUGUAGAAAAUAAAAAAAAUGUAAAAUAUAAAUGAAUAAAUCCUUGUUUCCAAUCAAA